AAUACAGCCCAAGUAACAAUGUUGACUGUAUUUUAGUCAUUAUAACGUUGCGACAGGCAAAAAGGGCAGCUGUUUGUCUGUCACAGCUACUGCCGCAACCUUUUAGUAACAUUUUAAAAGCGCUGCCACAACCGAAAUGGCGAUCAUAUUCUGGACUUCCAAACGUUGCCGCAACCUGCUUGUAUGACUAUCUCACGGUGGCUGUAAAAACGUUUGGAAAGAGACUUAAAUGUACAUUAUACAGCUACACAUAUUGGCUGACACAACGUUAUUUAAGCCAUCCGAUAAGGCUUUUAUAACCACAUUACAGCUAGGUAGAUCACUAUUCAGAUUUCUAAAAAUAGAUAUUAAAAAAAAUUACUUAAUUAAAAAAAACAAAACUUUAAAUUACACUUUUUCGUUAACUUUUAUUUACGAACUCGUUUCUCCUCAUAUUGAAAUUAACCCACAGUCUAUUUAUUAUACAUUCAUAUGUAAUUAUGAUUUACUAAAUUUACCUUAUCCUUGCCGAGAGUGGGAUUCGAACCCGGGAAGUUUUUCGUCAUUGUGUUGAAAUCUGCCGGUUGAUGCCAUUGGACCACUGCGCCUACUUGGUAUGUAGUUAUUUUUAACGACUUAUGUUUUGCAAACGAAACUACCGCUUACCUUACCGCGUUUUGUGCUGUUUACUGUUUUUGUGUUAUUACUGCUUUUUCGUAAUUACUGCGUUAAUUUGAUUUUAGUGGUUAUGGGAUUUAAAAUUGUGCAAACAACAGAAGAUGACGAGGAGGUCCUUACUGUUGUUCCGGACAGGUGGGAAGAAAACGGAUACCUAUAUUGGCCACCAGGAAGAAGUGGAUAUCGCCUCCGGAAAAAUGAGAAUGCAAUUCCCGAUCAAACUUGGUCGAAGUCCAAAUGUAUUGUAAAGCGACACAAUAUAUCGAGCUUUAAGGAAGCAUUGAUGCAGGAGAAGAGUAUGUCAAAGUUUGACGACACUGCUGAUGAAGAAAACUAUAAAUGUAGACAGCAAGAAGAUAGGUUACAUCCUCAACGUAAAUUUCAACAGACGGAAAGUUAUGAUUUUAACUACAUGUUAAAUGUGGAAAAUUUGCCACCUGCAAAGACAGUUGUACCAUCUUUGUUUAUAGAUCAAACUAUAGAUAGUAGUAAGACUGUUAGGUGUGAGGAAAUUAAGACUUCGACUACAGAACCACAAGAUUCUGAACUUAUUCUGAUUUCGGAUGAUAUGGGAGUUUUUACGCUUCCCAAACAAGUGGACAAUCCACAAGGUAUUCUUGAAACGACACAAAUUGAAAAAAUACUUUUAAAUCAAGAGCAACUGUUUGAGCAACAAGAGGUCAUAAAAAAGUCCAUAGCAGGUCUGCACACACAAUUUGAAUUACUUUUAACAACAUUAGAAAAAAGUAUAACCACUGUUGCAAAAGAAUCUACCAGUACUGAUGUCUCCGAUGAAGUGAUGA